AUGAAGUUCUACAACAUCUUCGCCUAUUCCCUCGUCCGGGACCAACUCAUCGCUAACACAGUGCUGGUCGCUGUGGCUACCUUUAUGAUGGUAUUACGCUUUCUCUCCAGAUAUAUCAGACGAAGCAAGAUCUGGUGGGACGAUGCUUUCUGCAUUGCGGCCAUGCUACACACCUAUGGCAUGCUAGCCAUGCAAUACCAUUACGCCCGCGUGGGAAUGCGGCAUCAUGUCACCGAUCUUCCCACAGCAAAUACGAUCUUGAUGGUGAAAAUGCUGAUCAUCUAUCAAAUCGUUUACUAUAAUGCGAUGGUCCUGGCCAAGUUCAGCUAUCUAUUCUUCUACCUACGCAUCUUUGUGACGAGGGAGUUUCGUAUCCUGACAUGGAUUUGUAUGGGAUGUGCAGCCUCAUACUGGACAGGCAGUAUGCUUCAAAUCUUCCUGAUCUGCAUACCUUUCGAGAAGAAUUGGGAUGCAACAGUACCGGGCCACUGUGCGAGCCAAAAUGUGGCAUUUUCCACCAUUGGCGCUUUCAAUCUAAUCACAGACGUGAUGAUCAUGGCUUUGCCAAUCCGCUUUAUCUGGAAAUUGCAAAUGUCCCUCGGAACGAAGAUGGCUUUGUAUGGUAUCUUCGGUCUGGGUAUCUUUAUCUCCUCUAUCACUAUCAUCCGUAUUCGUGUCCUCACGACUGUCAACUUCAGCGACCUUCCCUUCUCUAUGACCUGGGCUGCAUUUUGGAGUGUCACUGAGCCAGCCCUUGCUAUUAGUAACGCCUGUGCUCCUAUGCUCCGACCUAUUCUCAAGGCUGCGUGUCCGGCUUUGUUCGCGAGUGCCAAAGCGGGAUAUUCUACACACCCGGCAUCGGGUCCCAAGCCUAUCCUCAGCAAGAAUAAUACGUUUGACCGGAUCCACGAUGUAGAUAUUGAGUAUCCACUCACAGAGCUGGAUCAAAGGUCAGCGUCUGAUGAGGGAUCUUUGAAUGAUCGUUCGCAUGAUAGCCGCUCACAGGAUGGGCCGCGUCAAUUUCCGAGGAGUGUGGUUGGGGAACGCAAAGGACACUAA